UAACGUACCACCAGAACCAACAACAUGGCUGAAUCAAUCAAUAUCACGGAACUUCCGCUGGACAUACUUGUAUUGGUCUUUCCCUAUCUUGAUGCCAAAAGCUUCCUCGCUUUUUGUAGUACUUGCAAGGCAUUUCAGCAGCCCUCGAUUCGCUUGGACCCUGCAUAUUGGUCCUUCCAGAGCCGCAGCACUUUUCGCAUACCAAACCAGCCAGUUGUGCAGCAUGAUGGAGUUCGCUGGCAGAAGAUGUACAAACGCCUCUUCACACAGACCCGAGUGUAUACAUGGGGAAGCGAGGGAAACAAUCGUCUAGGUCAUCAGACAAACGCCCGGUCAUGCCCGUCUCCUCAAGAAAUGCAUGGAGCUCGAGAGAUGGGGGUCAUCGCUGAUUUACAAAACGGUGGAUGGUCGACUACGAUCCUCAACUCUAAAGGGACAUUGUAUUCAGUUGGACUCUUGGAUGGCGAGCGAAGCUGGGGUGGUAACGCUGAUCCAAAAGCGUUGACUUUCCCACCCGGAUACCCACAAUCACCUGCUGCCGCUGCGUACAACGAGCCCACAAUCGCAAUACGUCAGUUUUCUUCUGGGCGAUCACACAUACUAGGUCUCUCCGACAGUGGUCGGAUCUGGUCUUGGCACAGUUUUGAUCACCCUGCUGUUCAGAUCAAGUUCGUCAAUAUAGAUCUCAAAGAAGAUUCUUCUGGUGGUUCAAAACUGGCAAACAGUUCGCUAUUUGGGACAGUGAAGCAGGUAGUCGCAGGGUGGAGUUAUAGUUCAGCUUAUAUUCAUGGUGUCGGAGUCGUUGCGUGGGAGCCGCUCCGACCCAGAGCAGCCCAGCAUGGUCCACGGCGAGCUCGCUCAGUCCCACGGCGGCUCUUACAGCGGGACCCUGAGCCUGACGAGCCUGACACUAUGUUGCUACUUGAGAAUUUCGAGCUUCCAAAGACAGGGUACCAACGCCCCAAGGGAGCUGUCCGAGAAUCAGACCAAGACCGGGCUCUUGGAGAAGAAGUUGGACAGGUGAAGAACCACAUUGUUCUUGAGCACUUCGUGGUAUUUGUCACCGAUAUUGGCAAAGUGUUCUGCAGUAGGCUGGAUGAGAAAGGCAGGGCAGACAACAUUUUGGAGCUUUGUGCGUUCGGUGGUGAGAUUGGAAAACCGUUGGACGUUCAAGGCUCAUUCCGGACAUUCGCAGUAUUCAGCAAUGGCAGGGUAGUCAUUGCGGAGCAGGAUUACUUAGAAAGAAGUUGGAACGCGCGUACUACCAAUCCUAAUCAGACGGAGAUUGCAGGGUUGAAGUACAUACCGGCUCUGCAACACAACAACGUUGUGUCGAUAGCCUUUGGUGAUUGGCACUUUCUGGCCCUGCACUCGACUGGAAAGAUAACCGCGUAUGGCAAGGGAGUGGGGUUCCAGGAAUCUCUCGGGCUAGGAGCACUACAGGCCGUUCGCCUCCGUGGUCUCGAUUCCCCGAGCUUCGCUCGAGACGGUUAUACGAGAGGUAAAGAAGUAUGGUUCCGCAAAGAACAGCAGGAGUGGCUGGAGCUCCUUCAUUCUGGCGGCAAAGACGUGCAAGAGGCAGCAGGGCGAUAUGGUCUGUACUCCGGUGGGAACCUAAACAUCCUAGGUGAGCUGGGCGAAUGGAUCGAGCAAGAGGCUAAAGUCUGGGACGAGGAUAAGGGCGAGGAUGGUCUCGGUGCUUACUUUGCGCUCAGAGUGAGUGCAGCAGGUCAUCAUUCAGGUGCUGUGCUCCUGGUGAACGAAGAGCUUGCAAAGAAGGAGAUCAAUUAUGAUUGGCGCAACAAAUCAUUCCCCCGUCUAGUACAUGAUGGCGAGGAGAUGCCAGGCUCAGUUCCGAUCGAUGAGUGGCGGGAGGGCAGGCCUGAGCUUUAGCUUGGUUAGGAGAAUACUUAAGCGCACAGCAUGGGCAAGUGGCACUCAGGCUCGGAAAAUGACCCACUGAUCAUGAACGAAUACGUCAAUGAUGUAGCUAUACACCCUCCUAUCAUGCGAAGUACUUGGCG